AAUGCAGCCAGAUUUGGGCCAUCAGCCAGACCAAGCCUCUCGGCCCCACUCGGACCCAACCGGUCUGCGCGCACAGCUCCAUGAGGAACAGGGCUACUGACCUAUUGCUUGGCACAGGGACCAUACCAUAGUAAACCUUGAUGGUAAUGGAGCCAGAUUUGGGCCAGUGCGUUGGUAGCAUCCUCAGGCACACCAAGCCUCUGGGCCCCACUUGGACCCAACCCGUCUCGCGCUUCUUGACGGCCUCGGGCCGAGCGACCUCGUCGGCUACUCGGACGGCAGCCUCAUCGAUGGGCGAGCUGGCGCCGGGUGGGCGCUGCGAGCCGUGUUCCGCAGCGAGGAGAUGACGGUCAUCGUCUCUUGGGUGCCGGGCCACGCCGAGGUCGAGGGCAACGAGCGGGCUGACGCCCAGGCCAAGGUCGGGGCCGAGGUGGUCGAGGGCGAGGGCGGUGUGGGCGAGGGGCGGCAGCAGGGCCGCAAGUUGCGGCGGCACAGCAUGGUGAUGCCGCGCGGGGGCUCAGUCGAGCCGUCAGACGACGAGCACGACGAGUGGUACGGGGGAGAGAGGGAGACGAGCCUCCAGGCCAAGUCGAACCAGCCCCCUCGGCCUCACCUCCCCGCCCUUGUCAACCCUCCUGACGGCCUCGAGGACCUCCGCAGCGAGCCCAAGAGCAUCGCGGCGGUCCAGCAGGCCUUCCACCAGGCGCAGCAGGCGGCGUGGGCGGCGAGUUGGGCGACGGCGCCCGCCGGCGCGGGACUUCGCAGUGUCACCGGCAAGGUCGCGCCUGGCGCCUCCUUCGCCCGGUACCACGCCACGCUCUCGCGCCGGCAGAGCACGCUGCUCGCCAGGCUGCGGCUCGACUUUGCCGGCCUCGCGGCGCACCUCCACCGCAUCCAGCGCCACCCGACCGGCCUGUGCGAGUGCGGCGAGGAGGAGACUCGGGCCCACUUCCUCCUUGCCUGCCCCCUCUACGCCGCGCCUUGUGCUGCGCUCGUGCGUGCGACCGGCAAGGACGCCAUGCUACCCCUCGCCACCCUCCUCCUCCUCCUCCUUGCCAAACCUCAUCCGCCAACCUCGCGACAACUCCGUCAUUUCUCGGUCUUUUUCUUCCAUUCUUCUUUCUUUUGA